UCCCAAGCGGUUCCUGAGUAGUACUAGGAGGGACCUGGGUUUGAGUCCUGACUUGUCACCAACUUGCUGAGUGACCUGGGCUGGUCAUAUCUCUCCUUGGAAUCUGUUUUUUCAUUUCUGCAGUGAAGGGGUUGACCCAUAAUUAACAAGGGUAACUCCUGCUUUGAAACCGGGUCUUGGAUUUUAGAUUUCCAUGUGACAUUGGAGAAGUCUGGCCGGGACAUGGGAUUCUGAAAUGCCAAUGGCUCUGGAACCCACUCUCUGCUCAGCCUGACUCAUGUCUGUUUGAGACUUGGGAGUGCCUGCUGGUUUCCCUGACGUGCCUGGCUUUGCACCUACUCCUCUCUCCCCUGUACACUCCCGCCAAGGAGGAGUUCUCUCCUGUAGCAUAUCCAGGCAGAGCACCGGGAGCCAGAAGGAGCUGAGGAGCCAGACCCUUGUCCCAGACCCAGAGGCAGCCAUGGGAACCUGUGCAGAUACCAACAUCUCAUCUGACCUUGAGAGCAACACCACAGGCGUCACGACCUUCUCCAUGCCUGGCUGGCAGCUGGCACUGUGGGCCACAGCCUACUUGAUCCUUGUGCUGGUGGCCGUGAUGGGCAAUGCAACAGUCAUCUGGAUCAUCCUGGCCCAUCAGAGGAUGCGCACCGUCACCAACUACUUCAUUGUCAACCUGGCCGUGGCCGACCUCUGCAUGGCCGCCUUCAAUGCUGUCUUCAACUUUGUCUACGCCAGCCACAACAUCUGGUACUUCGGCCGCGCUUUCUGCUAUUUCCAGAACCUCUUCCCUGUCACAGCCAUGUUUGUCAGCAUCUACUCCAUGACCGCCAUCGCUGCAGACAGGUACAUGGCCAUCGUCCACCCCUUCCAGCCACGGCUGUCAGCCCCUGGCACCAGAGCGGUCAUUGCUGGCAUCUGGUUGGUGGCCCUGGCCCUUGCCUUCCCACAGUGCUUCUACUCUACCAUCAUCAUGGACCAGGGAGCCACUAAGUGUGUAGUGGCCUGGCCCGAAGACAACGAUGGCAAGAUACUCCUUCUGUACCAUCUCACAGUGAUCGCCCUCAUCUACUUCCUGCCUCUCGUGGUGAUGUUCGUCGCCUACAGCAUCAUAGGCCUCACGCUCUGGAGACACACGGUCCCUGGGUACGAUGCGCACGGCGCCAACAGGCAUUACCUGCAGGCCAAGAAGAAGUUUGUGAAGACCAUGGUGCUGGUGGUGGUGACGUUCGCCAUCUGCUGGCUGCCCUACCACCUCUACUUCAUCCUGGGCAACUUCCAGGAGGACAUCUACUGCCACAAGUUCAUUCAGCAGGUCUACCUGGCACUCUUCUGGCUGGCCAUGAGUUCCACCAUGUAUAAUCCCAUCAUCUAUUGCUGCCUCAACCGCAGGUUUCGCUCUGGAUUCCGGAUUGCUUUCCGUUGCUGCCCCUGGGUCACGCCAACUGAGGAGGACAAGAUCGAGCUGACUCACACGCCAUCCCUGUCCAGGAGGGUCAACCAGUGUCACACUAAAGAGACUUUAUUCAUAAAUGGGGGGGAUGUGGCCUCAUCUGAGGCCACCAGUGGGCAGGCCGGGGAUCCCCAACACGGGGUGCCUGCUGAAUCCUGAAGCCCUCUGCCUGGCUGCAGGGUGAGGCUUAGCACCCUCUGAGAAGUCGCAGACCACAUCUGAAGAGACCAGAUC